AUGCAAGCACUCACGUUGGCACUGCCCUCUGGGUACCGCCGACUCUCCCGGGGCGUCGUCGGCCCAGCCCUUCUUAUUCUUUUCGUACUCUCAUUCAUCGUCUGGGACCAUGGGAUGGCGAUGGAUUCGUUCACUUCCUCGCGCAUGAAAGCCAAGCAGUCGCCGCCGGUCAGUCCGGCAGAAAAGGCCGCCGCGGCCGAGACGGCGGCGUCAGAAAAGGCGUCAGAAAAGGCCGGAAACAGCACCCUUGGUUUCCAUUCGAUCUACUACAUUAACAUGAAGAACCGGUACGACCGCAACGAUGCAAUGGCCCUGCAGUCUUGGCUUUCCGGCGUUGAUCUCAUCGAGUAUCCGGCCGUCGAACCGGACAUGUUCAAGGACGUUGGCAUGCCUCCCUCGCGAGUGUCGCUGAAGGAGGGCGAGAAGGGAGCGUGGAGAGCGCAUGCGAAUAUCUGGGACGAAAUCUUGAGGAAGAAGCUCCCGCCCGUUCUCAUCCUCGAGUCUGACGCCACCUGGGAUCCCAACCUGCGCGAGAUCAUGGCCAGGCUCAACAAGAACUUCCAGAAGCUGCUGGCCGACCUUCACUACAAGAAGAUGCACAACGGCGGCUACGAAAAGGGCUCCAAGACUCUCGAGGAGGAUCCGUGGAUGAGCGAGCACUGGGACAUCAUCUCCUUCGGCCAGUGCUACGAGGGAGAGAGGUACAAGGAUGUCGGCCGCUGGUACAACGAUCCCACCGUCAAGGCCGGCAAGGAUUACUGGGGCAAGACCAUCGGCGAGGAGAGAGUGGUCCGGCGGUCGGGCGGCAUCGUCUGCACCACGGCCUACGCCGUCAGCCAGACCGGCGCCGCCAAGCUGCUGCUCCGCACGGCGACCAACCUCAACGGCCCGGCCGACCUCAUCGUCCGAGACAUGAUCUGGAAGAACCAGCUCAGGGCGUACAGCGUCAUGCCGCCCGUCAUGGGCCAGUGGACCUACGUCGAGAACAUCGGCAUGGAGCAGCGCGGGGCGAACAGCGACAUCAACGGUGCCGCCGGCGCCGGCAAGGUCGAUGCCGACAAGGAGAAUGAAGCUUGGGGCAAGGCUCUCGAGUCCGGCAGCGUCUGGACCGUCAAGCCUGAGCAUCCCGACAACGCCUUCAAGGAGACCGCCCUCGACUCCGCCUGGAGCCGAGUCUUCCAGGAGGGUGAAAAUGACCUGUAA